CCCCCCCACUUUUCAACUAUAUAUAUAUAUAUUGUUGCUAUUGCUACCAAGCUCCUUCUCGCCGUUCACACUUGAGGCCCAAACGUGGAAAGGCAUGGAGACGGUUGGGAAAUUUGAGUUCAGCAGGAAGGAUUUGAUCGGGCAUGGAGCUUUCGCCGUCGUUUUCAAAGGGAGACACAAAGAGAAACCUGAAGUGGAGGUAGCAAUAAAAUGCAUCAACAAGAAAAACUUGGCAAAAUCCCAAACUCUCUUGGGAAAGGAAAUCAAAAUACUCAAGGAACUGAAGCAUGAAAAUAUCGUUGCCUUGUACGACUUCCAGGAAAUGGCCAACUCUGUUUACUUGGUUAUGGAGUACUGCAAUGGUGGAGACCUGGCAGAUUACUUGCACAGUAUGAGGACCCUCAGCGAAGAUACGAUCAGACUCUUUCUGCAGCAAAUUGCCGGCGCCAUGAAGGUGCUACACAGCAAAGGGAUAAUCCACCGGGAUCUGAAACCUCAAAACAUCCUCCUUUCUUUUGUGGGGGGCAAAAAAUCGAACCCCAAUAACAUUCGCAUUAAGAUCGCUGAUUUUGGAUUUGCACGAUACCUGCAGAGCAAUAUGAUGGCUGCGACUCUCUGUGGCUCCCCCAUGUACAUGGCCCCAGAAGUCAUUAUGUCCCAACACUACGACGCCAAAGCUGACCUGUGGAGUAUUGGCACCAUCAUUUACCAGUGUCUGACUGGAAAAGCCCCCUUCCAGGCAAGCAGCCCUCAAGACCUUCGGCUCUUCUAUGAGAAAAACAAGAUGCUCAUGCCCAACAUUCCAAGGGAGACGUCAGCCCACCUGAGGCAGCUGCUGCUAGGACUCUUGCAACGGAAUCACAAGGACCGCAUGGACUUUGAUGAAUUUUUCCAUCACCCAUUCUUGGAUGCAAGUGCCUCUAUGAAAAAAUCUGCUUCUGUGCCAAUGCCUUCUUAUCCGAGCUCUGGGUCUGGGAGUUCGUCCAGCAGCUCUUCCACGUCCCAUCUCGCAUCUCCUCCCUCCCUUGGAGAGAUGGCACAUCUCCCCGAGAAGGCUUUAGCCUCUCCUACCCAGCCCGGCUUCCUUCAUGGGUCGAAGGAGUCGGCUGGCUGCAGCAGCAAGAACUCCUCCUGCGACACCGACGACUUCGUCAUGGUGCCAGCCCAGUUUGCAAGUGAUAUUGCUGUGGAGGCUGCAGGAGGAAAAACUAUCCAGGACAGCCUGAUGUGUAGUGGGAGUUCCCUGGUGGCUUCAGCAGGCUUGGAAAGCCAAGGAAGAACUCCAUCUCCUUCCCCUCCUUACAGCAGCUCUCCAAGUCCAUCAGGCCGGCCUGGGCAGUUUUCAUCAGGCAGCAAACAUGGGCAGUCGGUCCCCAUCCCAGUCCCCACGCAGAUCCACAACUACCGGCGGAUUGAGCAGAACCUUCAAUCUCCUAAUCAAUACACUUCCCCACGGUCUGGAACAGUCAGAAGAUCAAGUAGCAGCAACAGCCCACUUGGUUUCAUGAAGGCCAGCCCUUCCCCUCCUUUUGCUGCUGGGGAGCACGGAGCUGUCCCAACCUCCAGAAGGUUCUCCUUUGGGGGCGCUAAGCCUUACACGCCAUCCCCACAAGUUGGAACAAUUCCAGAGCAGCCUGACCAGACCGUUCUCCCUUCUCCUCCCUUUGGAACAGAGAUGAGAAGUCGGGUGCCCAUACCUGGUGCCUCAGUGCCUGACCCUUCCCCUCGAGGGAUGGGCUCCCGUCUCCACAGUGCUCCCAACCUGUCAGAUUUGCAUUCCUGCCGGCAGAAGAUUACAAAGCAGUACUCUGAUCCUCUGGUUCCCCAUUUCAACCAGGCCGCUGCUGGCCAGCCAGCACAGACACACGGCCUGCAACCUUGCCGCCCACUGAGGUCCUCGCCAAAGUUCUCCGAGUUUAUGCAGAGGAGCCCCUUGCCAACCAUAAUGGGCUCUCCAACAAAGGUCAUGCCUCCUUUUGAGUUCAACAAAACCCCAAGCUCCCAAAACCUGCUCGCCCUCCUGGCGCACCAGGGCGUCAUGAUCACCCCGACAAGGAACAAGACUCUGCCAGACUUGAAGGACAUGGGUCAUUUCCACUGCCAGCAGGCAGGCCUAGGAUUGAGGCCUAUGGAAGAAGCCAAGGGCAGGUCGCUCAGCACCGGUCGCCUCACUGAUCUCCUCCUCAAAGCUGCUUUUGGGGAAGCUGGAAGCAAUGACAGUUUGAACAAUGAGAAGCCCAUGGAAAUCACAGCGCCUUCUGCUAUCUGUGGAGGAAACUUACACUCUGGGGCCAGGGAUGGCGGGUCUGCAAGCCCUUCCCCAGUGGUCUUUACUGUUGGUUCCCCUCCCAGUGGGACAACCCCACCGCAGACCACUAGGACCAGAAUGUUUUCAGUGGGAUCUUCCAGCUCCCACAGUUCGGGAGGGUCUUUCAGCGGGCGGCACUUCAUCAUGAGCACCGGCAGGGAUGUGCUCGAAGCCUCAUCGGGCGUCAGAUACACUUUUGCCGACCCCAUCACUGCCAACCUGGAGGGAGCGGUCACCUUUGAGGCCCCCGAGCUACCGGAGGAGACGCUCAUGGAACAAGAGCACACGGACAUCCUCCGCAGCCUGCGGUUCACCCUGGCCUUUGUCCACUACGUGAUGGAGAUAGCGGCCGUCAAAGGGAAUGCCAGCGAGAUGAGCAGCUCGGUAGCCUCCGAGUACCAGCUCCAGGAAAGCGUCGUGGCCGACCAGAUCAGCCUGCUCAGCAAAGAAUGGAGCUAUGCAGAACAGUUGGUGCUGUACUUGAAAGUAGCAGAGUUGCUGUCCGCAGGCCUGCAGAUGGCCAUAGACCAGAUCCGGGCAGGCAAGUUGUGCCUCUCCUCCACCGUCAAACAAAUUGUGAGGAAGCUCAACGAUCUGUAUAAAUCCAGUGUUUCCUCCUGCCAUUGCCUGAACAUGAGGUUGCAGAGGUGGUUAUUGGACAAGCAGAAGCUCAUGGAUCGCAUCAACAGCAUCACAGCCGAGAAGCUCAUCUUCAGCCACGCCGUGCAGAUGGUUCAGGCAGCAGCGCUGGAUGAGAUGUUUCAUCACAGAGAAGAUUGCGCACAGCGAUACCACAAGGCACUGCUGCUCAUGGAGGGGCUCUUGAACAUCAUCACUGAGCAAGGCGACAUUGAGAACAUUAAUAAAUGUAAAAUGUGUAUUGAACGUCGGCUGUCGGCUCUAUUAUCCGGCAUCUGUGCAUGAGGAAAAUUGCCCUUAACUCUGCAGGUGAUCAUUUUCCGUCUCUUAAGCACCUGCUACCAAGAUGGCAAAGCACUGUAUGGGCAAGCCUGUCCGCAACAAAUUUAUCGGACGUCCGUGGUGGUUUCCCUGUUUUGGCGUCCUUCGAAGAGAACUUCCCCUGGGUCGGACAUGGAAUUGCUACAAUCUUUUUGUGUGUGUGUGUGUGGCCACAAUACAAACCGGGGAAAGAUGAUGGUCGAUACAGAAGGCUUGUUCCCCUUGCCCUUGUUUUCGGAGAGCAGGGUUGCUGCUGAGCUGGCCUUGCCUGGAGCAUUGAGGUCCACUGCUGGCGGUGAAUGAUCCAGACAUUUCUGCUCUUGGAAUGAAAGAGGUCUCUCCGAAAGGGGGAAUGUCCCUGUCGGCCAGUUCUGCAAUCCAAACCCUCGCCUGCUGAUAGCCAAUCACUUGGGAGCACUGUUCCUACUACGCCUCUCAUUGCUCGCUGUAUGGGAAGAGCAACAGCGGUUACGUGGCAGGCGUGAAAGCCAGAAGCUCACCUUGCUCUGAGUAGUCGUGGCUUCUUGUGUUACUUUCCCCCCGCUGCACUGCUGGAAAGUCUUGAGUUCAGAGUCCCUCACCUACAUGACGGACAGAAGCAACGGUGGGUUGGGGUGGGAAGCAGUUCCUCAUUUCCUAAGUGGACAUGGGCAGAGCUGAAGAAAGCUUGUAUAUGCAGACUGGAGCACUGGGACUUGGACUCCAAACUCUCUUGCUUUGGUCUCAAGCAGCCAAAAUGUUUUUUCUUCGCCCCAAAGGGAGUCGUUCAGUAGAUGCAUGGUUGUAGCCCUCUCCUCCCAUGGCCUGCGUCUCUUAAGCAUGAGAAAGCAUCUGUGCUGCUCUUGGCUGCUGCCCAGAUAAGCAAUCCCUCCUCCCAGAGGGGUGGGAAAGCAAUAUAAGAAAAACACACAUACUAGCUUUGUGAAUCAAAGGAGCACUUUACGGACAACAUGAACCUGAGCUUUGGAUACUUGGCAGCCCCACAGUGAUCCAAAAAACGUGCAACUUCUAGGAAUGCUGUUCCCCUGCCUUUCGCCCGCCCUCCCAUUGCCUCAUGCGUUGUUGAUUGUUUGUCCGUUGGGUGGUUGUUGUGGUUGUUUUAAAAGAAAUUGCACUACAAGUGUGUAUGUGUUUUUGUGCGCGUGUGUAUACAUACUCAUAUAUAUUACCAAGUUAAUAUAUAUUAAUAUGUAUAUGGUAUAUAAUAUAUAAUGUCACUCUGUGUUAACUGUACUGUAUUUUAUGCUUGUGAGGAGAAAAAGAAAAUUAACAAUCAA